CCGGCGCCCGAGGUGUGGCCCGCCUGCCACCCCCGGAGCAGGGCCGGGCGCUCGGACCGCCCUCCGCGCUCUGGGCCAUGCACUGCGAGACGCUCGCCUCCCGGCGGCCCCCCAGACCUUCCUGCAGUCUCCCUUAAUGCGAUCCACCGGUGCGGUGGCGACAUCAGCAGCAGCGCUACCCCUAUCCCAAGACGUCCAGAAAGAGGAGGAAAAUGGCUCCGAGCAGGGAUCGCCUGCUGCACUUCGGGUUUAAGGCGACCAUGUUCUCAAAUAGCGAUGAAGCUGUAAUCAAUAAAAAACUUCCCAAAGAACUCCUGUUACGGAUAUUUUCUUUCCUCGAUGUCGUUACCUUGUGUCGCUGUGCUCAGGUUUCCAGGGCCUGGAAUGUUCUUGCUCUGGAUGGCAGCAACUGGCAGCGAAUUGACCUGUUUGAUUUCCAGAGGGAUAUUGAGGGCCGAGUAGUGGAGAAUAUUUCAAAACGAUGUGGAGGAUUUUUACGAAAGUUAAGUCUUCGUGGGUGUCUUGGAGUAGGAGACAAUGCAUUAAGGACAUUUGCACAAAACUGUAGAAAUAUUGAAGUACUGAAUUUAAAUGGAUGUACAAAGACUACAGAUGCUACAUGUACUAGCCUUAGCAAGUUCUGUUCCAAACUCAGGCACCUAGACCUGGCUUCCUGUACGUCGAUAACAAACAUGUCUCUCAAAGCUCUGAGCGAGGGGUGUCCACUGCUGGAACAACUGAACAUUUCCUGGUGUGACCAAGUAACCAAGGAUGGCAUUCAAGCACUAGUGAGAGGCUGCAGCGGGCUCAAGGCCUUAUUCUUAAAAGGCUGCACACAGCUAGAAGAUGAAGCUCUCAAGUACAUAGGUGCACAUUGUCCUGAGCUGGUGACUCUGAACUUGCAGACUUGCUUACAAAUCACAGAUGAAGGUCUUAUCACUAUAUGCAGAGGGUGCCAUAAGUUGCAGUCCCUCUGUGCCUCUGGCUGCUCCAACAUCACAGAUGCCAUCCUGAAUGCGCUAGGUCAGAACUGCCCUCGACUUAGAAUAUUAGAAGUCGCAAGAUGUUCUCAACUAACAGAUGUGGGUUUUACCACCUUGGCCAGGAAUUGCCAUGAGCUUGAGAAGAUGGACCUGGAAGAAUGUGUUCAGAUAACUGAUAGCACAUUAAUCCAACUUUCCAUACACUGUCCUCGACUUCAAGUAUUGAGUCUGUCCCACUGUGAGCUCAUCACAGAUGAUGGCAUCCGUCACCUGGGGAACGGGGCCUGUGCGCACGACCAGCUGGAGGUGAUCGAGCUGGACAACUGCCCCCUCAUCACUGACGCGUCCCUGGAGCACCUGAAGAGCUGCCACAGCCUGGAGCGGAUCGAGCUGUACGACUGCCAGCAGAUCACUCGCGCGGGGAUCAAGAGACUCAGGGCGGAGUUCCUUACGUCCCCUCACCAGGAGUCACCCAGGUAGAGACCAGCACCACCGAAAGAGUCACCAUCUGCCUGAGAGGCUCGGAAGGAGACUUUAUGGAAGAGGUGGGCCGGGAAAGUGCCCAAGCUGCACUUCCUCCUGCUGUGCCCCAAGGCCAGGGAGGUCGAGGUGAUGUCUUUUUUAUUGUGACCUUAGGAGAAAGCUUUCCCCUUCUCACUGCUCACCCUGUCUGCACCACACUGCUGCUCAUACGGAUGUGUUUCUCCGCCUAGCCCUCCCCAGGCCUUGAAGUUGAUAGUAACUUUUUUUCUUUUAUUGGCACUAGAGAAUGAGACCCUGACGUCUUAGAAAAUCCUAACUUGAGAGUUUCUAACUGGUAUGGUUUGAUUAAUUAAUUUAACCCUUCCCCAGACAAAUGAUUUUCUUUUCUAGUGCUAAGAAUAGAUCUUCACUGAGUGAAACCUUUGCUGCUACUUUCCUGGGUUUACAUGAGGUUUUCCCUUCAGAAUGCUUCUUAUCUGUACUUCUCUGAUGACUGUUAAUCUCUCAUAAGUACAGGAAGGGGUGUGCCUGUGAUUUCUCUUUUUCCCUUCACCCCCACUUCACACACUAACACCACUGUGGGUGGGCGCACUGCAGGUCUGGGCAGGGUGCCGACUGGGGAUCUGCCCUGCCCCGCUCCCACUCCGGGGUUGCCGUCAGGAGAGGCUGCUCACCGCACCCCACACACACUGGCCGCCACCCUUCUCCCAAACUGGCCCACCGGCUGUGCCCGUCUUCAGUGACCCUGAGGGCACAGACCCAACUGAUGUGGCCUGUGCAGAGCUCAAAGAGCUCUGAGGACUCCCUGCCUGUCACAGUCUGCCUGGGGACAGGGGCAGAUGGGCACCCGGUGCUGCUGGAGAAUUCUUACUUCAAGCCAGGCUGUUCCCUCCCUGCACGCGUCCUUCCUGGGGGUCGCAUGCAGAGGGUGGCUGGGAGCAGUCCCGUCCAGCCCUCUCCAGCCCUCAGACACUCUUCGGAGCGCAUCCUGUAGGGCCACUGCUUGCUUGUUGCUGCCCAGGGCCAGGCCGACCCCACAUGGUGGCUUCACCCCAGGUCCAGUGAGCUGCCCCGGUGACUGUGUCCACCACUUUUGGCAUCUAAGGAUGGGAGGGGGGUAUUUAAAAUAAAAUCCAAGGUGGCAGUAGAGGAUUUCUUUUGCUUUAAAAUCUUUGGACUAAAAAAAAUGUUUUUUAUAUAAAAAUAUAUAAAGUAAAUUGUUAUGUAACUAUUGUUUCCUGUAUGUUCUAAUUUUGUUUUAUGACGUAAUUAAAGGAAAUAAGCUGUGAAGACUUCUCA